AUGGAUGGACAAAGUAGCCCCUCCCCUUCACCGGACACGGUAUUUCUCGAAGCAUGCGACAUCUACUUCCGACAUUGUCAUAACAAACCCUACGGCUUCUUCAAUGCCACGUUAUUCCACCAGAAAGUCCAAAAUGACCAAGUUCCACUCCAUUUACGACUUGCCUUAAUCGCGUCCGCUACCCGCUACUCCUCUCGAGCGCAAUGGAUGGAGAAAAAACAAAGCACAAUCGACAGCUACGCUCGAUGCUCAUGGGACCUAAUUACAACUUCCACAACUCCCCUAGAUGAAAGUGAUGAUGUCGAUAUUAUUCAGUCGCUCGCUAUACUUGCAGUUAUCGAUGCAACUGCCGGUCGACGCCGAAACGCCUGGGUGAAAAUCGGAAUGUCUGUACGAAUUGCUCAGGAUUUGAAUAUGAUGCUAGAGCCGACCUCUAAUCUCCCUGAGCUUGAGCGCGAUGAACGCCGGAACCUUUUUUGGUCGCUAUACCUUCUUGAUCGGUUUGUUUGUUGCUCGUUUGGGCGUCCGCCUGCUAUUAAUGACUCCGACUGUCUUCUGAAUCUACCAACUCAUUACCGUGCGGGAAAGAGGCUCCCCUCUAUAUCCCUCUCUGAGUUAUUCAAUGAGAGGAUUAGAGGCAUUUUGCCUCGUUCGGGGAUGUUCGGUAUUAGUAUCGGGUUAGCAGCUUGUCUUGGACGAACUACAAAAUACAUGAUGGGAAAAUCGGAUGCAACGUCUCCAUGGACCUCUCAUUCCGAAUAUUGUGCGAUAUAUCGGGAUUUGGAGUACUUAAAAGAACUCGCUGUUAAGAACGGACCAGUUCUAGCUGCGCAACUUGAAGGUCAACAUCGAAGACAGAGUGAUACGCCAAGUCCAGACCGUGAACAGAUCGCGCAUAUGGUCCUCUCACAUACUAUUUAUCAUUUGGCGCAUUGCAUCCUCAGUCAUCCUUUCCUUAUUGGGUUGAAGGUUGACUCGGAUCGACGCUCCGAUAUGCCUUCCACAUGGCUAGAAGAAACCCGCAAGAGGUCUCUUGCUCAUGCCGAGUCUUUAAUAGCGGUUCUCAUUGAGGCAAAGGCGGCGGGAUACAUGCCUGUUCCGUCGGUUUAUAGCUAUUGCAUGCUGCUUGCGAGUACUAUUCAUGCGCUGUUUCUAUACAUUGGGGAUUCGUCUGUUUGUCAUAGCUCAGCAGAGUAUUUAAAAACUUCGCUCGAGUAUCUUGCUGAUAUGUCUGAACUUUGGGAUAAUGCUCAGAUUAUGGCCAAUGCGCUGAAAUCUUUCAUCGUUCAGUGUCCGCGAUACAGCGACAUUCUCCUCCGCACCGGACCACGCGUGAGCGAGUUCACCCAGAAUGAGUUGGCUAUAUUAAGAUCUGUACUAGACUACUGGUCUAUGAUGGAUCCUCGGAAUCCAGUGUUUGAAGGUCCUUCCUCCGUGACAUGUCAACUUGCAGAUAUUCGAGGGAUGUCUUUAAGUCCUUUGAGUUCCUUGACUCGCAGCCAGACUCCUCUAUCUCCAGCGAAGGACGAUACUCUAGGCGUAAGUACUUCAAGUUUUGAACACAAAGAAUCAGAUGUAGAUUCAGAUAUUUUGAUUUCGUACCCCCUCUCAGUCAUGUCCCCCAUGGGAUCGGAUGACGAGUCUUCCAAGUGGGAUUGGGAUAGUGAGCUGGAUUAUUUCAAGAGCUAG